GUGCUACCCAGAUACAACGCCUGCAUCACCUGCCCUUAUCUUCUUCAAGCGAUCUCCUACGGUCAGGGCCGGUUCGCUUCGAGGCAGGGCGCUGUUACCCGCCCGGUCUAGGCGCAGCAGCCCGCAGAGCUUGGCUCGUGGCACAUGGAAGCGCGCUUGAAACGCUGCGAGCGCGUUUUGGCGGGAGCACAAGCAAACUAGGGCUUUUGUCCCAGUCAGUAUCAGGCCCGCGUUUGCAGCAGCAGCGGCCAUAAUGGCGCCCUCGGAGCGGCACCAGCUCAUGCCGGCCGCUGCUACAGCAGCUGCAGCCGACAAAGGGGCAGCGGCAGCAAGCGGCAGUGCGCGAGUGCUGCCGGAAGCAGGCGCCACCUGGCCAAGCCAAGGGACCGCGGCCGUGGCGGCAGGCAGCGCGGCAGCCAGCAGCCAGCAGCAGAUCUCAUCGACACAGCUGCAGCAGUCGGGCGUCGGGGGUGCGGCGCACUGCUACCCGCAGCUGGCUUGGCUCCCAGCCUCCAUUGCCGCCGCCCAGUCCCCCCUAUCCUCUUCGGCUCUCAUGGCCGGUGGCACCAUUAGUACCAGCAGCUGUGAGGGCCGCAUGCGCCCACACCAGCCCUCACCCACGGCUGCUGUGGGUUCCGCAGCGGUGGCAGCUCAUGUUGCUGGAAGUGGAAGUGUCCACCGCGACCAGCAGCGGCCGCAGCAGCUGUUGUGGUCCCACACGCCACCGCCGCCUCCUCAGCCCGCUGGUGAGAUCCUCGCCGUCUCCGACCCGGUCGGGUGUGUGCACAGCAGCGGCAGCAUCACACAUCUGCUGCUACUGCCCGCGGCCGCGGCGGCGGGCGGCACCACCUCCAUCCCCGUGCGCCGCCACAACGCCGCCGCCGCCGCCUUCGCCGCCUCAUUGGCCCGCCACUCGCCGCGCUCCUCGCCCUCGCGCCCGCUGCUGCCGCCGCCUAGUCCCCCUGCCGCCCCCUCCGGCUCCGCCGCCACCUCCGCCCACCCGUCCUCCUCCUCCCUGGCUGCCCGGUCGUCCUUCCUGGCGGUGCGGCGGCGCACAGUGGCGCUCAUCAACGCCGUGUCCAUCAUGGAGCGCAUGGACGAGCAGAUCGUGCCGGCCCUGUCGCGGCCUCUGGGCUGCGCCUUCCGCGCCGGCCCUCACCAGCUGGGUCUCAUCACCUUCGCCCGGGCGGUGGUGCAGGCGGUGGCCAGCCCCCUGGGCGGACUGGCGGGCCACUACUUUGACCGUGUAUCGGUUCUGUUCGUGGGCUGUGCGGUGUGGGGCUUCUUCUGCACCGCCUUUGCCUUCGCGCGCACAGUCAACGAGGGCAUGGCUGCUUGGGCGUUCAACGGCGUGGGUCUGUCUCUCAUCAUCCCCAACAGCCAGUCCCUGGUGGCUGACUACUACAGCGCUACACAGAGGGGGGAGGCGUUCGGAACACUCAUGCUCACGGGCGCCGUGGGCGGCAUGCUGGGUGCGGUGUUCGCGACCAACCUGGGCGGCCGCUCCGGCCUGACGCCGCUGCGGCUGGACGGCUGGCGGCUGGCCUUCGGGGUGGUGGGCGCCGCCUCCUUCCUCAUAGGCGCCACCACACUGCUGCUGGCGGUGGACCCCACCCGACACCACCUGCUGGCGCACAGGCGCAGGAGGGGUGGAGGCGGCGCGGCAGGCGGUGCGGGUGGGGCAGGGCGAAGUGGCGGCGGCGGUCCGAGGAGGCACCGGGUGGCCCGCGGCGGCGGUGGCGGCGGUCUGCCCAAGGACGCAGCGACCACUGAGCACACCGCCGCCGCCGCCGCCGCCGCGGACGCCGCCGACACGGAGUGGGACUGGGACUCCGCCGGGUCCGGGUCGGGGUCGGGGUCCGGGGCGGGGCCCUCAGCGGCGGGUGGCCGGCAGGGGGCUGCGGCGUGGCGGCCGUCCCCCGCUGACGUGCCGCCGCCGCCGCCCUCACCGCCAUCGCCCGAGGAUGUGGAGACGGCGCCGCUGCUGCUCGCCUACCGCAGUAGCAGCACGUCACAGCAGGCGGCUGCUACAGCCGCAGGCAGCGCGGUCCUGAAGGCUCGGGGCGAUGAGGAGUUUGAGCCGCCGGCGGAGCUACGCAGUAGCUGGGAGGAGGACGAGGAGGCACAGGCUGCAGCGGAGGAGCGGCGGCGCAGACGCAGGGGCAGCGUUGGCAAUGUCUCGGUGGAUGGCGACGCAGUGACGCCUGCGGGUGCUGGCGGCGGCGGCGGCCCCCCUCCGCUGACGUGGCGGCGGCUGUGGCGCAUGCUGACCACACCCACCUUCCUCAUAAUCAUCCUGCAGGGCAUCGUGGGCAGCACGCCCUGGAACGCGCUGGUGUUCCUCACCCUGUACUUCCAGCUGCUGGGCUUCAGCGACGCAGCGGCCAGCGCCCUCAUGGCCACACUGCUGGGCGGCACCGCGGCGGGCGCACUGGUGGGCGGCUGGCUGGGGGAUCGAGUGGCGGAGCGCUGGCCCAACCACGGCCGCAUUGCGCUGGUGCAGUUCUCAGUGGCCGUGGGCGUGCCGCUGUCGGUGCUGCUGCUGCGCGGCCUGCCCACCGCCGCCGCCGCCACGCCCGCCGCCGCCGCCGCCUACGGACUGGUGCUGCUGGUCAAGGGCGUGCUGACCAGCUGGGCCGCACCCGCCUGCAACAACCCCGUGUUCGCCGAGAUAGUGCCGCCCGACAUGCGCAACCUGGUCUACGCCUUUGACCGCAGCUUUGAGGGCGCCAUCUCCGCGCUGGGUGCGCCGCUUGUGGGCAUGGCGGCGGAGCGCUGGUUCGGAUUCAGCGGCGUGGCGGCGGCCGAGGACAGCUGCGAGCCACACGACUCGGCGCCGGCGGCUGGCGGGCUGGGCGGCCCCGCGCCCGACCUGCUCAAGGCGCGGUCGCUGGGUGAUGCCAUGCUACUGUUCAUGGUGGUGCCGUGGACGCUGUGUGCGCUGUUCUACACGGGGCUGCACUGGACCUACCCCCGAGACAGGGCCAGGGCACUGAGGCCGCAGGUGGCGGACGUGUUUGGCGGCAAAGGGUGACCAGGCGGCGGCAGCGUGUCGCCUCGGCGUGUCAGUGCCAGUGGGCGGCCGGGCGCGGGGCGGGCCGCUGCGGGCGCGACAGCCGGCGGCGGCAAGUGGGCGACAACCGCGGAUGGCUGGUGAUUGUGAGCACCCUCCGGCGGCGGACGAGCAAGCGUGUGUCCCUUGGCGGCGCAGGGGUUGUGCAGCAGGGUCGGGUGUUUAGGGGGCUACUGUGGUGCGUGUGCAGGUGGGUGAAAUUCCUAAUAAACGCCGGGAGCUGUUGUGGUAUGGGUGGAGGUGUACGGUAGAGAAAGGCAAUUUGGAUGCAAAGCGGGCACGGUGCAAAAGUAAUGGUGGGGUGACUGCAGCGUGUCAGGUUACGACAGGACGAGUGGGCUCUACAGAGAGCAGGAGGCUGCAUGUCUCAUGGGUCAGGAUUGAUGCGCACCACUGUAACCUGACUGUAACUGCCUCUGAUA